AUGGCUUCCUUAGUAGAGUUAUCGGAUAAUGAAUAUGAUGAAGUAGUGGUUGAUGAUAGUCCUAUUAAUGAUGAAGGUGGCGAAGCACCCGAGGUUGAUGAUGGUGUCGAAGAACCGAAGGUUGGAAUGACCUUUUCUAGUGAGGAAGAAGUUCGAUCUUACUAUAUGAAGUAUGCUAAGCAGAAAGGGUUCGGGGUGCGAAGAAGGAAUUCUAGACAAAGUGAGGACGGGAAGGUUAGAUGGUUUACAUUAGUAUGUGCGCGGCAAGGCAUAACAAAGAGUCGGGCUUCCAAUGUCCUCAGGCCAAGACAAACGGAGAGGGUAGGGUGCAAAGCAAGAGUUAAUUCAGUUUUGAAUGAGGACGGCGGAUACACCUUGUCCAAUGUCAUAUUGGAUCACACACAUUAUUGUAGUCCGGGGAAAUCCAGACACUUUAGAUGUUUCAAGAAGGUAGAUGAGAGGGUUAAAAAAAGGCUUGAAAUAAAUGAUGAGGCCGGAAUACGUACGUCAAAGACUUUCAAGAGUGUAGUUGUUGAAGCGGGGGGUUAUGAGAAUGUGUCAUUUGGGGAGAAAGAAUGUCGAAACUAUAUUGAGAAAGCACGUCAACUUCGCCUCGGAGUUGGAGGCGUUGAAGCUCUAAUGAACUACUUCCAGGAUAUGCAAAAAAAAAAAAUGCUGACUUUUAUUAUGCGAUCGAUGUGGGUGCUGACAUGA